AUGAUAACCAGAAAGAAGAAAACCCAGGACAGCCUCAACGCAACAAAAAUGCUUUCUCCAUGGGUGCAGGCUGCUUUCUUCCUUCUCUUCUUUUUUAAAUGCUUUAGGGCUGUUGAAAUACCACUUUCAGUGGAACAAUUGCCAACAAUCAUUGAAGUCACCAAAGGAGUCCAGGUCGCUUUCCCAGUAGGUGAAGAUUUUUGCCAUCAAGUGUAAAGCUAAGGGAAACCCUGAGCCACAAUACCAUUGGACUAGAAAUGGGCACCGUAUAGUCCAAUUACUGACCCGAAUGUAAAGACUGAAAAAGAUUCUGGCACCUUUGUAAUCCACCAUAAUGGAAACAUUUUACAGUACAAUGGGACAUAUCGCUGUUAUGCCUUAAACAAACUAGGAACGGCCAUUUCAGAGGAGACUACGUUUAUUGAUCCAGGAGAUCCUAGAUUUCCAAGAGAGGAAAUCCCACCAUUGGAGUUAGAAGAAGGGGACCCUGCUGUUUUAAGUUGUGAUCCUCCUGCUGGCAUCCCACCAGUUUCUGUCCACUGGAUGACACCUGAUCUUCGUCAUAUCACUCAGAGCAAACGUGUGUCAGUUGGACUUGAUGGGAAGUUGUAUUUCUCACAUGUAACUCGAAUGGACAGCUCAACAAAUUAUUCCUGCCUUGCUGCUUUCUCCAGGAUCAGGCAUAUGACACAGAAGACACCAAUUCGCCUCAAAAUCCUUACCAAUGGCCAGUUAAAAAAUCGAGCUCCAAAAAUAUUAACAACCCAAGGAGGAACAAACAACCCUAUUGUUGUGCUGAAAGGCGAAGUAUUGCUGCUGGAGUGCAUUGCAGAAGGAUUACCAACACCAACGAUCCACUGGAGAAAAGAUGGAGAAGAUUCUCUAAAGUAUCAUGCAGUAACAGAAAGUUUUGGGAAAAUUCUUAAAAUUAAAGAGGUUACUAAAGCAGAUCAAGGGACAUAUCACUGUGAAGCCAAAAAUCAAAUGGGCUCUACCUAUCGCAGUUUUCACGUUCAUGUAGAAGAGCCUCCCAGAUGGGAGAAGCAGCUGGAAAGCUCUAUACAGUCAGUUGGUUCUGAAAUUAUUCUAAAUUGUUCAGCUUUGGGAACACCAGAGCCAGAAAUCCUAUGGCGAAGAAACGGAAUUCUUCUGGAUGAUGGGACACUUCCUGACAACCACCAAAGGAUGGGAGGUCUGCUGUUCAUUCAUUCCCUUCAAGUGUCAGACAGUGCCGUGUACCAGUGUGAAGCAUCAAACAAACAUGGAACUAUUCUUUCCACUGCUAAUAUUGAUGUUCUGGACAUUGUGCCAUUGAUUUUAACUCCUGAGGGCAGAACAUAUGCAGCAGUGUGGGGAAAUAAUGUCUUAUUACUGUGUGAGCACUUUGCAUUUCCGCUUGCUGAUAUUACCUGGUACCAUGGGAAAAGAAUAGUGCAUCCUGUAAAUGGCCGUUACACAAUAGAUGAACAUGGGAGCCUACAUAUUCAGCAAGCAGAAGCACAAGAUGCUGGCUCAUAUAUUUGUGAAGUGUCAAACUCGAGAGGAAAUGCCUCUGUCAUGGCCAAUGUGGUACUUCGAGAACCUACAAGAGGAUAUGUGUCUCCUGAGCAUCCAUGGGUUAAGAGAGGGCAUAGUACAACCCUGACCUGUCAUAUUCACUGUGAUCCUCAUCUCCUUCCUUCUCGCACAAUUAAAUGGCAAAAGGACAAACAGGAAUUAAGAGAGGACGACAAAAGAAUACAUGUGAAAUCAAACAUUUUGACAAUCUACAAUGUAAGCUGGGAUGAUGCAGGAACCUAUUAUUGCAUUGUAAGCACCUUGCUGGAUACAAUGACAGCAGAAGCCCAUGUGACUGUGAGGGACGUUCCAAUGCCUCCUGAAGAUCUGCGUCUUUUGGAAAAGCAUGAACGUAGUGUUUUGUUGUCAUGGACAGCAGGAGACAGUCACAACAGCCCCAUCACAGAGUUCCUCAUCCAGUCAGUAAAGAGUAUGGAAGAGGCAGGACAAUGGGAGGAUGAAACCACUGUCCCGGGAAAUGUCACCACAGUCCAAUUAUAUCUCAGUCCUUAUUUUAACUACCAGUUUCGUGUGCUUGCUGUAAAUGGAAUCGGAAAAAGUGCUCCAAGUGUUGCAUCUGAGAUUUACAGCACACCACCAGCAGCUCCAGACAAGAAUCCUAAUGUGGUGUACUUUAACACUGACAGUCCUGAUGAAAUGUCUGUGAAAUGGGAGCCUCUAAAUUCUGAUGAACAUAACGGGCCUGGACUGGAGUACCAAGUCAGUUGGCGCCUGAAGGGAGUGGAGACUGAAUGGCAUCACAGAAAACUGAAACAUCCCCAAUUCAUUAUAAAGGACACACCGGCGUUUGUCCCAUAUCAGCUAUACAUCCAAGCUGUCAAUAAUAUUGGAAGUGGCCCUGAACCUGAAGUUCAUACUGUAUAUUCAGGAGAGGACAAUCCUGAUGCAGCUCCGUUUAAUGUGUCGGUGAGCAUGGUAAAUCAGUCCAUAGCUAACGUGACCUGGAUGGAAAUCUCUCAGGACAGAGUAAGAGGACAUCUGGCAGGUUACAAGAUAAUGUACUGGAGAGUGAAAAGUCUUCAGGAUGGAAAAACCCACCAUGGCCAGCGCCAUGUUCUAUCAUUUCCUGGCAGGAGGGACUGGGCUAUAGUUCCGAAACUUCACCCGUUCAGUGAAUAUCAGCUGUGUGUGGCAGCUUAUAAUACAAAGGGAGAUGGACCGGAGAGUUCCACAGUAACAUUCCAAACACCAGAAGGAGUUCCUGAACAGCCACAGUUUCUACAAAUUGCAAGUUCUGACAGGGAAUCUUUCAUGCUAACCUGGGAAGCACCAAAAAGGGCAAAUGGCAUCCUGACCAACUAUGUCUUGUACUACCAGAUGAUUAAUGAAAGCAAUGGAAUCGGAAACCUAAGCAAUAUCACCAUAGCUAACCCUAAUGCUCUCAGCCAAAAAAUUCCUCGUCUUGAGGUUGGCACAAGAUACAAGUUCUAUCUGCAGGCAUGUACGCAAGUGGGCUGCGGAAAAUCUGCAACUGAGGAAGGACUAACACUAGCACAAGCAAGAUUCUCUAGUAUUCCUUUUUCCCCAUCUCGCACUCCUGCUUUUGCUGCCAAAGUUCCCGCUAUAGCUUACGCUAAUGCACCUCACAGCCUGUCUUCACAAGGAUGGUUCAUCGGACUGAUGUGUGCUGUAGCUCUUCUAACUCUGUUAAUGCUUGUUGCUUGUUUUGUACAAAGAAACAGGGGAGGAAAAUAUGCAGUAAAGGAAAAAGAAGAAUUGCACCCGGAAGUUGAAGUACAGUCUGUGAAAGAGCAAUUUUUUUGAUGAGUACAGUGAUAAGAAAGCAUUAAAUGGAAGUAUGGACUCACUAAGCCUGGACAUUAAAACCUUAGACAGUGUGGACAGCCUUGUUCAGUACAGUGAUGGUGAACAUAGUCACUUCAACGAGGAUGGUUCCUUCAUUGGGGCAUAUAGAGAAUCCAAGGAGAAAAGUCCAGAUGAAGAAAAGGCAUCAGUUCGGCAUCUCCACUCCUAA